GUUUGAUGACCACAAGCAAGUAAGAUUAUAUCUACGCAGUUUCAUGUACUCCAGGUCCAUGAAUUCUACUAUUAGACCACUGGACUGGACUCAGAGCGAACAAAGCUGGCAUGAUAAAGACAAGACAGUUCCUGAAAGGGCAUAGCCUCUGUAUUUCUUGGCACAGUGCUGGGAAGAUUUGUCGAUUUCUCUUUCAUAGAGCUUCACUAUCGAGCUUGCAUACUCACAACCCCGCCAUUCGCAAUCACAACCGUCAGACCUCUCAAAUCGCAUUUCAAGAGAAAACAAUCGAACCAGACCAACUAGACUGCACGAUACAUUAUCGCGACUGCACCUUUAUCCUCCAGUUUGUGAAUAUACCAUCGCAAUGGCCGACGCUACCGUCCUCGAAGACACCUUCAGCAUAACCUCGGUGGAUCAAAAGAAAUAUGACCGAGUCUCUCGUCUCUAUGGAACUUCCAUCGACAAUACCAUGACCAUGCAGCUCGACAUCAACCAUGAGCUCUUCCCCUGCGCGGUCGGCGACCAAUUGCAGUUCAACAUCGCGACGACACUGAACCUGGACGGCACAAAGGACGAGAGGGGUUGGAGGCAGAACCAGGGCGACCGUGCGACGCUGGCUGAUAUGUACGACUACGUCUGCCACGGAAAGGUCUAUCGUUUUGAGGAUUCGGCUGAGGCGGAGACUGCAAAGGUGUACAUCUCUUUCGGAGGACUUCUUCUCUACAUCGAAGGCCCAUACAAGAAGCUCACUGGCUUGAGGAUCGAGUAUGUCUACCUCUUGGUCAAGAAAUGAAGGACAUGAAUGGCAGAGACGACUGAAAGCAUGCAUGGAUGGCGUUUUUGGAGGAGGUAAAAAAGUGUGGACUUUUAUCUCUAGAGAUUUUUUGUUUGUUUGGUAUAUCUCUGGAAAAGAACCUUUUGUUUCAAUCGGCAAACAUGGCGCGCCCGGAUACCCAACCCCAGACUGGCGUCCAAAGAUAGCCCAGCCCUCUAUAGAGUAGGAAACUCCAAUUUCCGAUGCAACCUCGACACAAUUUCAAUGUAGUCCUUCUCAUUCUCACACGUCAGGAUGCCGUGCCUGACGAAGAAGUCCAGGACCACGAGCGCGCAAUUGGGCUUGAACUCCCCCUUCCUCAUCGCCUCCUGCACCUCCUCCACCGACCACAGAUAGAACUCCUCCAC